AUGACCAUAAAUCUUAAUAAUGUUUUCAUCUGUGUUGUAGAUAUUUUUUUAUUAAUCCUAAAAUUAUAUGGAGAGUCGCCAAGAGCUUAAGAGGGAAGGAAGUGACAAAACAGAGAGUCUCAUAAAGGAGGAAAAAGAUAAGAUUUUCCUGGACUGCGGGGGGUUGACAGAAGGAGCCCGGUGGACAGGCAGCCAGUUGGCGAGGAAAUGUCUGUCAAACUACAAUUAUUUUUCUAAAGGAAAAGAAAAGAAUAUAUACUUCAUUUCCUUUAAGCUGCGACAGUUGGCGGCUUAGUCUACAAGUAGUUGUGAGUGCUGGGGUAGUGCAGUACUUUGGGUAGUACUGCUGGAGGUGAGAUUUAGCCAUUACUGUCCACAUUACUUUAUAAUAUUAACACUGAUCAAAGUACUGGGAGGUAACAGGACGAAACUCAUCAUAAAACUCAAUGUUAAGCUGAGUAAAGCCUCCCCCCCCCCUUUACUGUCUAUUUGUUUGUCCUUACGUGAGGGUUAAAUGAGACGAGCUGCUGGUGGACAGUAACGAUCAAUACAGCGGUAAUGUCUCCUCAGUGUUAUGGUAGUACAGACGUCUUAAUGAUCAACACGUUUAUAACUUGUGUGCUUAUAUAGUUAAUUAAUUUACAAGUGGAGUUCUUAUAAUUAACAAACUCGUAACUACUUAAUGGAUAUAAUUAUGUUCACUUAUGUUCAUUAUAGGUAAUGUUCACUUAAUGUUUACUAUACGUAAUGUUCAAUUAAUGUUCACUUAUGUUCACUAUAAGUAAUGUUCACUUAAUAUUCACAAAAGGUAAACUUCACUGUUCGUAUGCAUUGGAUCACGGUAGGAAAAGCAAGAUGGCGGUGGAUAGAGGGAAUGUGUUGCUAGCCACUACCUUCUUUUGUGUGCUAAUGCUGCAACACUACCUUCAGGAGCUGCCGUUUGGGUGUUCCCCUUCGCCAUGCAAUGACUCCACCCACACAGUGUCCAGCAGGCCUUCUGUACACGACCAUCACCCUCAUGCAGGCAGGUGUGAGGGUCGGGGGCAGGAAGGGGACGUCCUCACAGGAGCGCUACACCAACGGGUCGUGAGGAGAGCGGGUGACAAUUUAAGGGUGAACAUGACAGGACCAUCAUGGCAGCCGUGGCGAGAGGAUGACCCAGGGAGCCCGUGUGUCAACUAUGAGACCAGGUUGGGUGGUGGCAUGGCUCGCGUGUGGCUGGUGUCCUUCCCCUGCUCUGGCAACACCUGGACACGCUACCUGCUGGAGGCGGUGACGGGGAUCUUCACAGGGUCUUUCUACAACGACGAUUUUCUCUAUAAGUCCGGGAUGCUGGGGGAGGAGGAGAAGGUAGACAGUGGGAGGACGUUGGUGCAGAAGAUCCACGGCGCUAUGAUGAAGACAACAUAUCCUUACGACCUCCUGAUUCGCCACUCCUUCUUCGACCACCGCCUACCUACCAUACUGCUGCUUCGUAACCCUGCUAGAGCAAUCAUCUCCUACUGGAAGCUACUCAUUCUUCAGGACAGAGGUGGACACACAGGUGACCUCCCGCCCGAACAGUUCCUCAGCAAAGAUUUCCAUGAUUUCGUUGAGACUUAUGUUUCACACUGGGAGGUGAUCGCGACAGACAGGCUGUUAUGGAGCUCAGGACCUCUGUAUGUGCUGCACUACGAACACCUGCUGCACAACACCACCCACCAUCUUCGUCACCUCCUCCACUUCCUCAGGGUACCAGUGAACGAGGAUCGGCUGGCCUGCGUCUCCUCACACCUGACUGGACCCUUCAAACGCUCCAGCAACAAAGACUUCGAUCCCUUCACCACCCAGGAGAAGAUUAUCAUGUCCACUGUCGUCAGGAGGGUCACCCGUCUCCUGUUACUUCUGGAUUACCCUCCACCUCCUGUCUAUGAGUGGUUGUCCUAGCUGUCUGUCUAUCCUAGCUGUCUGUCUGUCCUAGUGAUGCUCCUGUCUACGAGUGGUUGUCCUAGCUGUCUGUCCUAGUGAUGCUCCUGUCUACGAGUGGUUGUCCUAGCUGUCUGUCCUAGUGAUGCUCCUGUCUACGAGUGGUUGUCCUAGCUGUCUGUCCUAGUGAUGCUCCUGUCUACGAGUGGUUGUCCUAGCUGUCUGUCCUAGU